UAAUAUUUACGUAUAAAACAGGGCUCGUUUCGUUAGAAGAAUCAUCACAACUUUACAUUAGCAGUAUCAACUGGAAGCAAAAAAAGAAGAACUAAGGACCGUAGCAAUGGCUAAAUUAAUUCCAAUAUUUGCAGCAAUUUUUGUAGCGACAGCUGUCUAUGGUGCAUUCGAACCUGGACCAUCUGGCUCUACUCCACCUCCAUGCCAAGUACCAAACCCAUCUUUUUGUGGUGGAAAAUCAGAUGGCAACUUUGAAAGUCCAUUUAACAUUCAUGACUUCGUUCAAUGUUCAAAUGGUCGACCAUAUUGUCAAUCCUGCUGGCCACAUGAUUUAGAAUUCAGCGAACAGUGCAAUCAAUGUUUAUACAAUAAGACUGACGCUUGUUAUACGACUCAAACUUGGGCAACAAAACCUACAUUUAACUGCCCUGAUGAGUGCCCAAGCAGAGGACCCAACUUUAAAGGAAACAUUAGAGAUCCUACCCAGCCAAAACAUUACAUCGCCUGCUGGAAAGGUGUUACUGUUGGAUGCGUUAAUUGCCCCCAUCCUUUAGAAUUCAACGAAACGUGGAAUGCGUGUCUCUACGAAGGAAAAUACAAAACACAGCCAUUGUAGAUUAAAGUAGGAAUUGGUGCUGGCGAAAUUUGAAAAAAAAUAUUUUUAUUUUGUUAAAUUAUUUAUCAAA